AUGUCCGGCUUAAGAGUUUUCUUUGGCGACCACCCUUUUCUCUCUCGCUUUCCUUUGUUCUUUCUUUCUUUCUUUCUUUCUUUCUUUCCUUCCUUCCUUCCUUCCUUCCUUCCUUCCUUCCUUCCUUCUAUCCUUACUUCUUGUUUUCUUUCACUCCCCACUUUCUUCUCUCUUUUCUUUUCUCUUGUCUUUCUUCCUUCUUCUAUUCUUACAUUCAGACAAUUACGAUUUUUUUCUUUCUUUGCUAAUUUCAUGUCAUCUUCCUCGGAUUUUUAUAAACACUUUUUCUUUCUUUUUCCGACUUCUCUUCCUUCUCCUAUUUUUUUAUCAAUCUAUUUCUCUUUUUGCUACCAUCUUCACUCUCAUCUUUGCUACUUUACCGUAUCUUUUUUCUCAUCCUACUUUUUUACUUUCUUUUAUUUUUUUAUUUUUAUUUUUUUUUACUUUUUCAUCUACUCUCCAUUCUUUUCUCUAUUUUUUUCUUUCUCCUCUCUUUUCUUCUUCUUUUUCAUCUUCUUUCUCUUUCCAUCUUCUUUUCUUCACUCCCUCUACUAUUCUGUCCCGCCUUUCAUGUUCCUCGAAUUGACUCAUUACCCUUUUCUUCUUCUUUUUCAUCUUCUUUCUCUUUCCAUCUUCUUUUCUUCACUCCCUCUACUAUUCUGUCCCGCCUUUCAUGUUCCUCGAAUUGACUCAUUACCCUUUUCUUUUCUUUUUCUUCUUCUUUCUUUUGUUUGA